AUGGCAGGGGGAAGUUUGAAUAUGAAGACACUGGAAGACCUGACUCUGGAUUCCGGCUACGGGGCAGGGGACUCCUACAAGUCCCUGAGCCUCUCCUCCUCCUCCAAGUACAACUCUCAGGCUUUGGCGAGCGCUCCGCAGCGAAGCAACUGGUGGUACAACUCGGGCUCCAUGAACAGCAGGAACGGCAGCUGGGACACGGUGAACACCCCGUUGCCCGAAGACGCAGAAGACAUUUUCUCCAAGUGUCCCCGCUUGCCUGACCUGGAGGAGUUCCCCUGGACGGACGAAGAAGUGGGCAGGAUCCUGAAGAAGGUGGCCGGCAACUGCUCGUCGUUCUCCGCGGAGUCCGUGCGCAGACUGUCCUCUCUCUUACGGAGGGCACUCAUACGGAUAGCGAGGGAAGCCCAGCGCCUCAGCGUUAUACACUGUCGGUGCACACGCUUCGAAAUGCACAGCGCUAUCCGGCUGAUACUCAGUUGGGAGUUGUCCAAAGCCUGCAUCGCGGCCACUGUCAAAGCCAUCUCCCUCUACAGCAUGAGCGCCGACGACUGGCUGAGGAGGGGCAAGUCCGCCCGCUGCGGACUGCAAUUCUCUGUGGGACGCUUUUAUCGCUGGAUGGUGGACACACGCAUAUCGGUGCGCAUCCAUGAGCACGGAGCCAUAUGCCUGGCUGCCUGCAUGGAGAACCUGGUCGAAGAGGUGGCUGUGCGGGUGCUGAUGGCCGAGCACCAGAAGAGCACGGACUGCGGGCUGCCCAGCAUCUCGGUGACAGCCAAGGCGCUGGAGGGCGUCGUGAGAAACGACCCUGAACUUUGGGGUGUCCUGCAAAACUACGAGCAUCUCGUAUGUGGGAAGAGCGCCAGUGGUGUGCUGUCACUCCCUGCCCACUUCAGCCCGUACGCAGAGGCGCAGCUCGCUGGCCCUGAGGGCCAGGAGGAUGCCCGUGCCCAUCUGGAGGUGCACACCCUGGAACAGGCCCUGCUCGCCACAUGUGUGGGCAGCAUUUCCGAGCUCAGUGACCUGGUGUCUCGAGCCAUGCACCACAUGCAACGCCUGAGCCCUGGCGGCUCCAGCUUCAGCCCAGGCUGCCACACCCAGCAGCAGCCGGUCUCUUGGUCUCCAGAUGCCCUGCACACCCUCUACUACUUUCUGCGCUGCCCACAGAUGGAGUCCAUGGAGAACCCCAACCUGGAGCCACCUCGAAUGGUCCUGAACAGGGAGAGGCCCUUCUUGCUGCUCCCCCCCCUGAUGGAGUGGAUGCGAGUGGCCAUCGUUCACACAGAACACCGUCGCAGCCAAUUGGUGGACAGUGAUGAUGUGCGGCAGGCGGCCCGGCUGCUCCUCCCAGGCCUGGACUGUGAGCCAAGACAGCUAAAGCCGGACUGCUGCAUCACCUCCUUCAGGCGUCUGGACGCCAAAGCCGCCACGGAGAAGUUCCAGCUGGAUCUCGGCUUCCGCAUGCUGGCCAGCGGCCGCACGGAUCUCAUUAGCCAGGCCAUCAAGCUGCUGGGGCGCAAGGGGGUUGACGCCAUGGAUGACCAGGGCAUGACUCCCUUGAUGUAUGCCUGCUUAACGGGGGACGAGGCCUUGGUUCAGAUGCUUAUUGACGCAGGAGCAAACGUAGACUUGGCGGUUCCUGGUUGCUCUCCAGAGCACCCAUCAGUACACCCUGACUGCCGGCGAUGGACAGCUAUGACGUUUGCGGUUCUGCACAGCCACAUCUCUGUGGCGCAGCUCCUGUUGGAUGCUGGGGCUCACGUGGAGGGAACGCCGUUCCGGAACGGGCCGGAAAGCUCGGCAGAGACUCCCCUGCAGCUCGCCUCCGCGGCAGGGAACUAUGAGAUGGUGAGCCUGCUUCUGGCCCGUGGGGCCGACCCCCUGUUCCGGGCCCAGGGCAGCCAGAGCCUGCUGUCUCCCUUUAACGAGAACAUUAACUGCUUCAGUAAUGCCGCGGCUCAUGGACACCGGAACGUGCUGAGGAAGCUGCUAACCAGGCCUCAGGAGGUGGAGGCCGACAUCCUGUCCCUGGCGGAGAUCCUGGCCGAGGGAGUGGAGGGGGAGAAGGAUGCAGCAGCCGGCAAGAGGCCGGCGCGGCAAAAGGGCCCUGGUCCCACGGUCGCCGACGCAGAGAUUCCCAAACUGUGCAAGGCCCGCAUGAAGGCUCUCCAGGAAGCGGCCUACUUCAGCGCUGAGCACGGCUACCUGGAUGUCACCAUGGAGCUGCGCUCACUAGGUGUCCCCUGGAAGGGCCACGUGUGGCUGGAGUCCCUGCGCAGCGCCCAGCAGCAGUGCAGAUCUGAGGUCAUCCUCUCCCUGCUGAAGGACUUCACCAGCAUGAAGGAGGAGGACUACUCCAAGGAGCUGGUCAGCCUCAGCGUCCCACUGAUGUUCAGGAUUCUCAGAACCAGCAAGAAUGAGGCUCUGAACCAGCAGCUGGGUUCCAUCUUCAGUCAUUGUUAUGGUCCUGCUCCCCUGCCCAGUAUCCCAGAGUUAAAGGCCAGUCUUUCAUCACAACUAGACUUUCAUUUCUUGAACAACAAGGAGAUGUCAGACGUGACCUUCAUAGUGGAAGGGAAGCCAUUUUUUGCCCAUGGAGUCCUGCUGAUCACUGCCUCCGAAAGCUUUAAGUCCCUGCUGGGGUCUUCCAGGUUAGAUUCUUCUGGUUGCAGGGACAUUGAGAUCAGUGAUGUAAAGUAUGACAUCUUUUAUAUGAUGAUGAAAUACCUGUACAGUGGUGGCCGGGAGUCAGUCAUCAGCUCAAAUAUGUCUGACUUGCUAGAGCUACUGUCAGUGGCCAACUUAUUUCAGCUGGAGACAUUACAAAAACACUGUGAAAUCAUCUGUGCACAGAGAAUUGACCUUGAACAUGCUGUCAAUAUCUACAAUAGGGCCAAGGUUCACGGGGCUAAGGAGCUCAGCGCAUACUGCGAGUGCUACUUCCUACAGCACAUGGCAGAGCUGCUGGAGAGGGACUCCUUCCGCAAGCUGCUCCUAGGGUCCGGUGGCCGGCGGGGGGUCGCCUCCAAUUCCCUGCUGGCCAAGCUGGAGGCUGCCCUGGUGAAUAGAAUGCAGCAGCUCUAUGUGAAGUCCACGGUGUGAACUGGUGUGGCCGGUGGCUUUGUUCUCCAAUCACAUGUGAAAACCCCAUAACUGUCCUACAGCAAAGAAUCCAACUGCAGUGCAGUUGUUCCUGAUGAUUUAGAAACAUGCAGCAGGACACAUUAGGACAUGUACAUAGGAGAGUGCCAAUCUGAGACUCUGCUACCCUCUAGUGGUAUGUUUUUGUCAAGGACACAGAACCAUUAGUUGCCUACUUUUUACAAAAAAAAUUAAUAUUUAUUUAUAUGACCAAAGGUCUUCUCUUUGUGACUAGGUGUGUGUAAAUACUUGUGUAAAUAAUCCAGAAUGAUGUGGCCCAGUUGAAAUUUGCCAAACAGCUGAAAACUGCUUGAUUUUAUGUUUUUUAAAUUUUGAUUACAUUGUAUUUUUCAUGUAAGUUUUCCGGGGAGCUGGUCCUCAAAUGUAAUAUUCAGCAACAUUAAUUUGAAGACUUAAUUUUGAAGUGUGGCUGACACUACGAGCUCACAGCAACCUAUAAGUAGCUAAAAAUCUACUUAUAAAAAUUGCAUUCAUUUUCAUGUGGCCGAUGAACUGAUUGACAAUUUACAAGUAUUUUGUAUAUCUUUUAAAUUUUUUGUAAACAAAUGUAAUUUAUAUAUUAACUACUGCAAACUGUUUCUUUAGGGUUCUCUUUGUAGAGAAUGUUGGCAUGCUAAUUCUAAUAGCAUUGUAAAUUGACUACUACAGCAAGUACAAUUAUCUAAAAUAUCUUUUUUCCCUGUUGCAAGCCUUAUGUAAAUGUCCUCCAUUUAAAACGAUUUGUAUCUAAACACUGGCAAAUGUAUCAUCAAGUGAAACAUCAUGCUCUACAAUCUAUCAUAGUUGGAUCUGACUAUUUAUAUGUAGUUAGUCUUAUCUUCUGGCAUAUUGCCAAAUUGAACUUAUACUGUAAAGCAUGAAAAUACAUUCUCAGGAAAUAUUUUCUAUUUUUACAAUCUCUCUAUAUAAUUUGUUUAAUGUCAGAUGUUUGAUAAUAAUAUUGUUUUAUUUUCUCGAUUUCAUUCACUUAUGUACUGCAAUGAAAGGCCUCUGCUGUUUUGUGUUUAACACUGUGCUUCUUUGCAUCUGCAUCUGAAGGUGCUGGUGAAGCUGGUUGGACUUGUGACUAGAAAGUAACCAUUAUGGUUGGCUCUUUGGAAUAUACUUGCAAUUAAAGUAAUCUGUGCUUGCUGGGUAAAAAUAAAUAUUCUAGAAACAGGCAUUGGCUUUCAUUGCUGUUUUAUGUCCUCUCUUAUGAAAGCAAUGUUUCUGGGAGAGGCCAUGAAUAAAGUGUAAGCAUAUGCAAAUAAAAUUUCUUUACCUCA